CCAACUAUCGGAUAUGUCAGAUGUGGAGGGUAAAGACGAAGCUUUGCACACCAAAAACUCUCGCCAGCCCCAAACCAAGAGUUUUUCUUUCCCCGUCUGAACAAUGGACAGUUUUCCAAAAUGUGUUGAAAAUCCCCAAAAACGCAUACAUGCCAAAGCUUCAUCUGGAUGGAAGUCAACCUAUGAAACGUGUUAUGAUGGAACAGCAAAGACGAGACUUUUCACGUGUCAACAUUCCGCUGUAUUUGGAGACAGAAUGCGGGGUUACUUAUGAAGAACUUGUUCCUCCAAAUCAAAACAAUGUGCUCGGACACUUUCUUCCUCUAGAGCUAUUUGACGAUAAAGAAUUUGAGAGCAGGACUGAAGAGGAGUGGUUGUCUCUCGGAGAAGUAGAAGGCGUUAAACAUCCAGUGCCUGCGUUAGUGUUUAUAGCCAAACGGAAGAGCAUGAAGCGGAUAUCUAGAGCAAUGUCUAGCUUGGGUCGACCAGCAAGUGGGUCUGCUAUGUCUAGCAUGGGUCGACCAGCAAGUGGGUCGUUGAGUUUUACAUCUAGGACAUCUACAAAAGACGUCCCUAAGUGAGUUAAAGUAUUUAUGUCUCUUUAAAUUUCAAGCUUAGAUUAUAUUAAGACCCCAACACACCACAGGGUGCUUAUUUUAAGUC